AUGAAGUUUCAUAUUAUACUUCUCGCCGUUGUUCAUUAUGUUAAUAGCCAAGGAAUGGAAACUUCGGUUCCUUAUAAUCCAAAUUAUCCACAGCAACCUGAUAUAAACCAAAAUGUGUCACAAUACAGACCAAAUCAACAAGUGCCGUUUGGUAGUUUCCCUAUUAACGGAAACGAUUACAGCCAUCCACAAAGUUCCUUUUAUCAGAAUAAUGUUAAUUCUGAUACAUACGGCGACAGCGAUAGUAACAUUGAUCCCCAAAAUACAGCAAAUUACUACGCGGGCUUAGACUACGAAGAAAGGUAUAGGUGUCCCCCUAAUUGGAUACGCUAUAGAGAAUCAUGCUAUCGGUUUACGAAGUCGCCGGAUCGACCAAGAAAUGAGGCACGCAAAAUAUGUCAAGCAUUCAGUGCCGAUCUGGCAUCAGUCAAUACACCUGAAGAACAUGGGUUCAUUAUAACAAAUCUUAUGAAGUUAGAUCCUCAGAAAGGUUCUUGGUAUAUUGGUGCUCACCAACAAUCUCCAGGGUAUUGGGCUAAUGAAGGUGAUGGGUCACAACUGACUGGGCUUGAAAAUGCAUUCUUUGAUGACCGUAAAUUAACUUUAACCAGCUUUAACCUAUAUCCGCUUGAUUACUUAGUGUAUAGAUUUAUGCAUGAAGAGGGUCGCUGGGGAUUGGCUCCAGUGGAAGGCACACAGUAUUACCACUUUAUUUGUGAAGGGCAAACACAACAAUUGCAUUAUUUGAUAGAAGAAGAGAGGUCAUUCACAUAUGGUUUGGAAGAAUUUGAUCCUGAAAGAAUACCGAGAGGUCCAUACUUUACUAAAGAGCCCGUGGAUACAAUAUAUGAUCCACUCAGAAAUCAUUAUGUACAGUUAACUUGUAUAGCUGGUGGUUAUCCUGCUCCAACAUAUAAAUGGUUUAGGGAGGAUUAUCAAGUUGAUAAACUUGUUUUUACAGAAAUAGAUCCUUUGUCAGAAACAAGAUUCAUAUUAAGUGGUGGGACAUUAAUGAUCUAUAAUCCUAAUGCUGACACAGAUAAUACACAGUACCACUGCACUGCUACUAAUAAAUUUGGGACAAUUCGCUCUGAAUCUGUAAGAUUGUCAUUUGGAUUCAUUAGAGAGUUCAAUCAAAAAAGACCUAUAGAAAGUGGUAAUCAAUACUGGGGUAAAGUAAUGUCAUGCGAUCCCCCAUCAUAUUAUCCAUCUGUUAACUUCCUUUGGGCAAGAAAUUAUUUCCCCAAUCUUGUGGAAGAGGAUAAGCGUGUAUUUGUAUCUUAUGAUGGUGGUUUAUAUUUUUCAGCUCUAGAAACCAUUGACAGAGGUAAUUAUAGUUGUAAUGUCAUGAGCAAGGUGUCAGAUGCAGGAAGAAAUGGACCAUUUUUCCCUCUUUAUGUUUAUCCGCACUCAGAUUAUCAGCAACUUAAGUUUCCUAAUAAUUUUCCUAAAGUCUUUCCUGAUGCCCCUGUUGUGGGACAAGAGGUAAGAUUGGAAUGUGUUUCCUUUGGUUACCCAGUUCCAUCAUACAAUUGGACCAGGAAGAAUGGAAAUAUCCCACGAAAGGCACAUUUUAGUAAUUAUGAUAGAGUUAUGACUAUACCAAAUGUGGGUGUGGAAGAUGAAGGUGAAUAUAUUUGUGAUGUGCGCAAUGACAGAGCAAAUAUUCGCAAUAGUGUAUUUUUAAAAGUUCAAGCAGAGCCUAACUUUACUAUUCCUCUUGCAAACAAACAUAUGGACAAUAAAGGAGAUUUACACUGGAACUGUGAAGCUUUUGGCAUUCCUGAUGUUAAUUAUACAUGGUGGAAAAAUGGUGUAAAGCUGUCUAUGGAUACAUUAGAAGAUGAAGACAGAGAUAGAUAUAUUAUACAAGAUAAUGUAUUAAUUAUUAAGUUUUUAGAUCCGGUCAGGGACCCUGGCAUGUAUCAGUGUGAAGCAAAGAAUCAAUUAAAAGCAAAAUAUUCAACAGGACAGUUGCGGGUCAUGUCUUUAAAACCUUCUUUUAAAAAGCACCCCAUGGAAUCUGAAACUUAUGGUUCAGAUGGUGGUAAUGUUACGCUCAAAUGUAACCCAGAAGCAGCUCCUAAACCUACAUUUACAUGGAAAAAAGAUAAUAUUGUGAUAGGUGCUGGAGGCAAGAGGUUCAUUACAGAAACUGGUAAUCUCAUUAUAAGGCAGCUCUCUAGGGAUGAUGAAGGAGUUUAUACUUGUGUAGCAAAAAAUCAGUAUGGGUCUGAUGAAAGUCGUGGACGCCUCAUAGUUUUAAAAACUCCACGGUUCUUGGAACGCCUUCCGCCGCGAAUCACAACCCAAGUAGGCGAUGUUGUUUUCUUGCACUGCAAUGCAGAAGUUGAUCCAAUGCUGGAUACAGCAUAUCUUUGGAAUCACAAUGGUAUGCGACUCAAGGAUGAAUCAGAUAUGUAUGCUGAUAAAAGAAUUAAAAUAGAUGGUGGUGAGCUGACAAUUUUCGAUGUUAGUCUUUCAGAUGUAGGUGAUUAUGAAUGUAUUGUAAAAUCUGCAAUUGGUCGGAUUUCAUCUCGCACCCAAUUAAGAAUCGAAGGCCCUCCUGGUGCCCCUGGUGGCUUACAGAUAAUGAACAUAGGGCGCACAUCUCUUACUCUUGAAUGGACGGAUAGUAGUUCCAAUGGUCGCCCAAUAAUUGCAUAUGUUGUUACUGGUCGUACACAGUGGAAUUCUACGUGGGCUGUAAUAAGCGAUAAUGUAGCAAAUGUAAUGGAGGUAGACAGAUACAAUGGUCGGAAACGAGCACUUAUAAAUACCGCGCUUACGCCUGGAUCUGUAUAUGAAUUUAGGGUACAAGCUGUUAACACUUUGGGGAUAGGCAAACCAUCAGCACCAAGUCCACAGUUCUCAACAUUGCCUGAUAAGCCUUACCAAGCACCUGCCAAUGUCGGUGGUGGAGGUGGGAAGAUUGGCGAUCUCACGAUAACUUGGACUCCUCUUCCGCCGUCUCUUCAGAAUGGACCUGGUAUACAUUACAAGAUAUUUUGGCGGCGCAAUGGUUCCGAAGUCGAAUUCCAGUCACUAUUGCUUAAGGAGUAUGGAAAUGUGGGCAUGCAUGUUGUUCAUGUGUCAUUAAAUUACUUCUACACACCAUAUAAUGUUAAAGUUCAGGCUUUGAAUAAUUUAGGAGCAGGUCCAGAGAGUGAAAUUGUGACUAUAUACUCUGCAGAAGACAUGCCGCAAAUUGCUCCACAACUUGUUUAUGCACGAUCAUUUAACUCAACUGCUCUUAAUGUUACUUGGAAUCCUAUCGAUCAGUCCCGCGACAGGUUACGUGGCAAACUAAUUGGUCACCGUCUCAAAUAUUGGAAACAAGAAAACAAAGAAGAGGAAUGCAUUUACUAUCUGUCCAGAAGUACACGCAACUGGGCACUUAUUGUAGGUCUACAGCCUGAUACCUACUACUUUGUAAAGGUAAUGGCAUUUAAUUCAGCUGGUGAGGGGCCAGAGAGUGAAAGAUACUUAGAGCGGACAUUCCGUAAAGCGCCACAAAAGCCUCCCGCAUCAGUUAAUGUAUGGGCUGUGAACCCAAGCACAGUGCGUGUUGUCUGGCGUUAUGUGCAGCCCACAGGUGAAGAAGAGCCACUUAUUGGAUAUAAGGUGAGAGUGUGGGAGAUAGAUCAAGACAUGAGCACUGCUAAUGACACUCUUGUCCCAGUAGAACACAAAUUGGAAGCCUAUGUCACAAAUCUGACACCAGGCAAGUCAUACAACUUACGAGUACUGGCAUACUCUAAUGGUGGAGACGGAAGGAUGUCUUCGCCUCCUAUCACAUUCCAGAUGGGUGAUUAUCACAGUGAUGCGUAUGGAUAUUAUGUUAGGGAUACUGCCUUCAAGAGUCAAUGCCUCUCAGUGAAAGCACUUGUAUUGUUGUUAUUUAGUAUGCAUUAUAUUUCUAAAUAUCUCCUCUCGUGA